AUGCUUCCGAUUUCGUCGUCUCCGUUGGUAGACCCAACUCCAAUUGACAAUAACUGUACUCAAGGUAUCCAAUGGAUUUGGAUUGUUUUUCGUCAAUGUGCUGUAACUCCAAAGGAGAUUACUGCUGUCUCAUUCGGUCUUAUAUCUGCAUGCAUUUGGAUCGUAUUUGCAUUCCCACAGAUCGUCGAAAAUUGUCGUAAAGGUAUUCCUGAUCAAGCUCUUUCUCCAAUUAUGCUUAUUUGCUUUCUAAUGGGGGAUGCAAUUAAUCUUCUUGGAUGCAUAUUCGUUCACCAACUUCCUCUUCAGGUGAUUAUGGCAGGAAUCGGGGUAACUAGUGAUUUCGUUCAAAUUUCACAAUUUCUCUAUUAUAAGUUUAUUCACAAACGUAUGCUGCGAAAUCUCCCCAAUCCCAUUGAAGUGACUCCAUCUGAUGACGCUGUUGGUAGUGGUCAAGUUGCAACUCGAUCUUCAUCCACUGUUGCACUCUGCUUGACUUUCGGAGUUGUUUGUUUCUUCAGCCCUAUUUUAUCAACCUUGGAAAGCGAUGCAAAUCCAGAAUUUUCUCAUUCCUCAUCAUCAUUUAUAACGCGUCAGCUUCUAUCUGCUGUGACCACUUCCACUCCGAAACCAAUUCCUGACUCGUUAUUUCCAACUAGUGGUCUUCUGAUUGGUUUCAUCUUAGGUUGGAUUUCGACCAGCAUCUACCUGUCCUCAAGAGUUUCGCAGAUACUUAAGAACUGGCGUCGAGGUUCAACAGAAGGCUUGAGUCCAAUUACUUUCAUUCUUGCAAUUUGUGGCAAUACUUCCUACACUCUUCAACUUCUCCUCACGUCUCUCGAUCGCGUCUUCAUCAUCCGAUCUCUGCCUUGGAUUUUCGGUGCUAUUUGCUGUGUUCUUCUUGAUCUCUUUAUCUGCUCACAAAUGUACCACUUUCGACGAAGACACUAUAUUCCUCUCCAGGAAGAAUCUGUCGUCGAACCAACCGCCUGCUAA